AUGGAAAAUCCAUCUUUAUUUCUAGUUGAAGAACGAGUUAAAACAUUUAAGAAUUGGCCGUUUAGUGAUAAAAAUAAAUGUAACGUUCGUAAUAUGGCCGAAGCUGGAUUUUAUUCAGUAGCAACUGGAAAAGAAGACGCUGAUGCUGCAAAAUGCUUUCUUUGUGGUAAAGAAUUAGAUGGUUGGGAAUCUAGUGAUGAUCCAUGGGCUGAACAUAAAAGUCAUGCAGCUAAGUGUGCAUUUGUUCAGCUUGGUAAAAACGAAGACGACUUACUGCUAUCAGAAUUCCUGUCUGUAAUAAAACAAUACAUAAUAAAUGAGACAAAAAGACGUGCUGAAGUAGCAAAAGAACAGGUUGAUGAGAAAGCAAAGACCACAAAGAGAAGAUGUCUAGGAAGAAAAAGGUUACUUUCAUCAGCUGAA